AUGGCAUCUUCACCGACUCCCGUAGUCCUCAUCACAGCCGGUAGCGCAGGCCUGGGUGCCGCGACCGUCCGUCUCUUCGCAAAACACGGGUACCGCGUCGUGAUUAACUACAACGCGAACGCGCAGCGUGCCGAAGCCCUGUGCGCCGAGCUUGGUGGCGAUGGCCACGUCACGAUCCAGGCCAACCUGGGCUCGCGGGACGACGUCGAGCGCCUUGUGCGUGAGGCCUACGCGCAGAUGGGCCGCCUGGACGUCGUCUUCUCUAACGGCGGCUGGACUCGCUUUAGCGACACGACGUCGCUGGACGACAACGCCGUCGAAGCGGACUGGGACCGUGCCUUCGCUAUGAACGUCAAGUCGCACCUCUGGCUGCUGCAGGCGGCGCGACCGCACCUCGACGAGACGGAGGGGGCGUUCGUCACGACGUCUUCUAUUACGGGCCUGCAGGGUAUGGGGAGCUCGUUGGCUUAUUCGGCUACGAAGGCUGCACAGCUACACAUGGUCAGGGGCCUCGCCACCAUGGUGGCGCCCAAGAUCCGGGUGAAUAGCGUGUCGCCUGGGCUGCUUCAAACGGAAUGGGCAGAGCGGUUUAGCGAAGAGCAGAAGGAAGCCCACAGGGAAAAAACCAAGCUGAAGAGGUUUGUCGCAGUCGAGGAUGUGGCCGCCCAGGUUCUUAGUCUGGCGACGUCGAAGAGUAUGACUGGGGCAAACAUAAUCAUUGAUGCUGGAUAUACGCUAUAG